AGCCUCCUGGUGAGUGUGAACCCCCUCCAGCACUGCUGUUACUCCACCCAGCCAAGACACUCUGCCACUGCUGCUGGGCAAUGCACAUAACCCAGCUCAACCGGGAAUGCCUUUUACAUCUCUUCUCUUUUCUGGACAAAAACAGUAGGAAAAAUCUGGCAAAAACAUGUCACAAGUUACUAGAAGUAUUUCAGGAUCCUUUACUGUGGUCUUUGUUGAACUUUCAUUCUCCAGUGGAACUAAAGAAGGAUAAUUUUCUCCUGGGACCUGCUUUAAAACACUUAUCCAUCUGCUGGUAUUCAGAGAGAGUCAAGGUGUGUAACAUUGAGGACUGGAUGAAAAACAGUUUCCAGAAAGACUUCUGUAAGAGGCAUGAGAACACUGUCAGUGAUUUUUUACUAGACGUUUGCAACAGAUGUCCAAAUCUGCUGUCUCUGACCCUCUCUGGAUGUGGCCAUGUUACAGAUGACUGCAUUUUGCAGCUUCUCAAGAACUGCCCAAACCUGAAGAGCCUCAAACUGGAGAACUGUGUGCAGAUCACUGACGACACCCUGGAGGCAGUGACCCUCCACGGAGCAUCACUGCGAACGCUCCAUGUGGAUUUCUGCCGCAACGUAACACAAGCUGGGCUGGAGAGAGUCAGGGAAAAGUGUCCUUCAGUAAUGCUGAGAGCAGACAGAAGUGCCAACAUGAUCCCAGACAGUAAGCCAGGAAAAAAGCUGAUGCUUGAAAAAGCAUCGAGAAAACUGGUUCAGCUUUGAAGUGUGGGCAUUUUCACCUCACUGAGGUAGCAAUGAACUGACGCUACUUCCACGGGUUCUGGUCAAGUCCAAACAAAUUGUUGUUUUGUAAAAGGAAAAGCCAUGCAUCUCCUCCUGGGUGGGCUUCAGGAAAUAACUCUUUGCUCUCUGUUGUUCCUUGAAACUGGGAAACCCUGCAUUGCUGUCACAAAAUGCCAGAUCUGCUGAAAACUGUGGUCCUGGUACCCUCGUGCUGCAGAUGCCCUCGCUCAGAAGAGGGAAGCAGCAGUGUGUGAGGCCA